AUGGGCCAGGUGUCUCCCUCUGAGUCCGCUUUCCGUUCUUGUGUCAAAAUGGUUGUUUCUCAACCGAUGAAUCCAUCUGGUAGUCACCUAGCUGCUGCGUUCACUGGGGCUUCAUUGCCGUUCGAAAGGAAUUCGUCUCCACCGGCGCGUUCUCGUGAUGCACCCAAAUUAACUCAGGUCGCUGGGUCUAAGGGAGCCAUAUCCGACCGCACAAAAAUCUUCAAACAGGAUGCUAAACCCAAUUUAACUCAGGUGGCCAGUGAAUAUGCUCGUCAGAAGCAAAUGUUUGGACUUACCGGCCUGCCUGUAAAGCGGAAACGUGGAAGGCCGCGCGAAUACACCACGUUGACUGUUUUUCAGACGCCACCGGCCACACGUUCUUCCCAGCAUUCCGGCGUUUCCACUGCACGAAACAGUAUGCCUUCUUUUUCCUACACUACGGCCACACCGGGCUCACAACCCACACAGUCAGCAACGACACCAACGAUUGCUUCUUCAACCGUCAUGCCCACUCUUUCAAUCUAUACACCCCUUACCGUGGGCGCUCCUCUGCCUGAACUUUACUCAGCUGGUCUGCUUCUUCCAGGCCCCAACAUGCCUUUGAAUAAUUUGGACACAGCUGUGACACGAACGGACUCUCCAGUUACAGGUAAUGUGUAUUCUAGUUCCACAAGUUAUACCUUAGCGAUGACCGUCUCUAGCCAACAUGUAUGGCUUCGUAAUGCACAGUUUACGCCACGAAACUCAAGCCGAAUCCAUACUGAUCACUGA